AUGGAAGAACUGAAUAAGCUCAUUAAGAGAUUCCCUAAGCCAUCUUCUAUUGCUGCUGUGGUGUCGGAGGAGUCAUCGGUGGUGCCUGAGGUGUCGACAGUCGUAUCUGAAGAUCCAAUUCAAUCUUCCAAGAAAGUCUCCAAUAUUUGCGAUGAGCUGCCGUUCCUCCAGCUGCCCUCCAACGAUACCUUAGACUACUUGUUUCUGAAUUACUGCCCUAUACCUGAGACAUUUAGCUGCUUGCUGGCGAAACUCAGAGCUGCUGAUGCUAAAAAGGUUUACUUCAUCGCGCCGAGAGGGGAGCUGCGGGUUAACAAUUUGGAGGGAUUGAAAAAGACCACUGAACUACAAUUGUUUAAAGCAGCCGAACAAUCCAGCGUUCCAUACGACGUCCUCCGCGUGCUACCGUCUCUCGAAUUGUUCAGACUAACCGGUGCCAAUCUUCACCUCCCAGCUGACGAGUUAUCCGAGUCGGACGAAACUGGCGAUUCGAUCGCCUAUCCUUCGCUGAAGCGCUUCGAGUUAGAAUCAAGUCAGAUAAAGGAAGUGCCUCGUGGUGCUUUCAGAAGACUUAAGGAACUAACAGAACUGUCCUUGGAGGACAAUCAGAUCAGGAAUAUCAAUAACGAGUCAUUUAUCGGAAUGGAGAGCCUCGAGUUCUUGAGUUUAUCUCAGAAUCCCUUCAAGGUUCUACCACCAGGAGUGUUUGCCCACACUCCGCGACUGAAGGUCCUAACUCUCGACGCCACUGGGCUUGAGGAGAUCCCGAACGGUGCCAUCACAGGACUACAAAUGUUGAAGGAGAUCAACAUUGGUACUGGAUACACCAGUGACAUGUUAUCUUUCGGUUCACGCGCUCUGGGUGAUCUUCCGUCCCUUAAGGAAUUAAACAUAAAAGAAAUCAUAAUCAAACGUGUACCAUCAGAUCUCUUACAAGGAGACACCAAACUCCAAGAAUUACUCAUAAUCGGUGCUGGCUUAGAAGAACUGCCCAAACAAUUUUUCAAUGGACUGGUGAAUUUAAAAAUAUUGAAUUUGGACAAGAAUAAUAUUACAGCACUGGACAGCGAUAUCUUCAGACCUUUGAAAGCGCUGCAGCAGCUCUAUUUGAACGGAAACCGGAUAGAAAUGCUGCCAUCGCGGCUGUUCGAGGGUCUCACUAACCUGUUUCGCUUUUCCGCCAAUGAGAACCACAUGAAGGUAAUCGCCCCGGACACGUUCUGGGGCACCGAUCUCCUAUACGAAGUAUCCCUGACGGACAAUGAGCUCACGCUGACCACUGACGAGGAUGAGGAUAUGAAAAGCCGUCUGACCUCCCCGUUCGCGCCGCUGAAGUUUCUGGACACGCUCAGAUUGGGCGGCAACCACUUGCAGCGCGUGUUCGCCGACUGGUUCGAGAUGAAGCCAAGCCUGUUAGACCUGUCCAGGAACAGAUAUACGAAACUCACGAAAGAAGUCAUAUUCAACUUUACUGCUGAUACCAAGUUAUACACCUCUGAGCCAUUAACUAUAUCAGUCAUUCGGCUAGAUGAAAACCCGUUCCGAUGCGACUGCGAGCUGUUCACCUUCAUCCAAAUACUUAAUAAACGUUUUAAUAGCCAACCUAUAUUCGAGAUUGGCAACUCGAAAUGUGCCUCCCCGCCAUCUUUGGAAGGGUACUCGAUCAAAAGUUUGACUCUUGAGCAAUUAUUUUGCCCGUUGAAAGACGCAGAUUGUUCUUCCAACUGUGUUUGCUACUCGCGACCAGCGACUAAGUAUUUAGAUUUAGACUGCAGUGCUGAACCGAUGAAAUAUCCGGAGCCAAGUGAAUUUGGACUUAAAGAAAUGCGUCUAACACUCCACAGUCCUCCAGAGACGUUUGCAAAGUUGCCAGAUUACGUAGUGUUCUUAAAUUUGAGUGGCAUCGGUUUGACAGAGAUUCCAGAAGUGCCGGAAACGGUUAAAGACUUAGAUCUAUCUAACAAUUCGCUUACUCGACCUCCCAUGGAGUUAUUGAAGAAUAUUCGCCUACGUUUGAGCAGUAACCCAUUCCUGUGCGAUUGUAGUCACGUAGAAGAAGUCAUUUUUUUCCAAAGCAACAAAGAUAGGAUAUUAGACUCUGAUAAAGUUACGUGCUUGGAUGGUGAAUCUCCCUGGAAGUCGGAUACAAAGACAUGCUAUGUGAGACAAAUGGCCUUAUUAGGAGGGACUUCAGCAGUCUUAUGCAUUAUAGUAAUUGUAGCUACCGCUUUAGCCUACAAAUACUCAUUGGAAAUCCGCGUAUUCCUAUUCUCUAGAGGAUGGUUCUUAAAACUUGUUCAAGAAGAAGAUUUAGAUCAGAACAUGCAGUACGACGCCUUCGUAUCUUUCUCGCAAAACGACGCACGUUUCGUCGCCGAUGUACUGGUCCCGAAACUGGAAGAGGAGAAUAACCUUCAGCUUUGCGUGCAUUAUCGCGAUUGGCUGAUCGGCGAUAUGAUCCCGGCACAAAUAGCGCGAUCGGUGGAACAGUCUAGGAGGACAAUAGUUAUCCUUUCGAAAAGCUUUCUGGAAUCCUCUUGGGCUCUGUUAGAGUUCCGUGCAGCACAUCUAAGGUCUCAGCGGGAAAGAAGAGCGAGAGUUCUAGUCGUAGUCCUCGAAGAUAUGUGUGAAGAUGAUAUGGAUGCUGAGUUGCGUGCGUAUCUCUCUACAAACACGUACUUGCGUUGGGGUGAUCCGUGGUUUUGGAAGAAGCUGCUAUACGCACUGCCUCAUCGAAGGUCGUAGGUUAUGGUGGAUAAGCUCAAGGUGGGAGGGCUACAGACGAGACUUACCGCCGAUGGAAU